GGUUAUCACCAAGUCAGUGAUGGGUACUAGAAACAGAGGAAAAUGUCUUCCUUUGUGACAAAAAAGAGAAGAUGGGAAGAUCCUUCUUGCAGGUUGUUUUGACACUCUGAGUGGAGGGGACAUGGGCACGGCUGGGGGCAAGGCAGAAAAUACCGGAGACAAGAUUGACGCUCUACCGAAAUGGUGGGUGAGGACGCGGCACCUGAAUCCUGCUAAGUGAACACUCCCAAAGGUGACAGGCAUUUGACAGUCGGGAACAGGUUGCUGGUCAAGUUAUUGGGCUACUUUCUUCCAUGACUGAUUUUGGAGAUGUGAACAGGAAACCCCCCCACCCCCAGCUGCCUAUGCGGAGGACACACAGCUUCUGUCUCGGCUGGCACAAGUUGCCAUCAACAGGAAUUUCCAGCUACAGAAGGAUUUCCAUUUGGGAAUAUCUCCAGGAUCAUCGGAGUGGGUCAGAGGGGUUAUGAGGAAAGGAGUCUUCCAAGCGACCCAUUUUUUUCAGUGAGGAAAGAUCACUUCCAGCCACUUCAGGGCACAAGAGGGGGAAAGGAGAGCAGAGAGCUCGUGGUGACUGGUCUCCAUAGCCUCUGGAUGGAUCUCAGUGGGGACACAGGCCUGCUGCCCGAGGCCAUGCUGCUCAGAAAGACCAGCUUCUACCUGAAAACACUCCUCCUGCUCCUGUUCUGCAGACAUGCUUGUUCCCACUGCAAGAUCUCGCGCUGCAACUCUGAGUACUUGGCUGCCACGGAGAACUUGCCGCCGGGUCCCAGCCGGAACGUGGCCCACUGCACUGCCUUGCGCUCCUACUCCAGCUGCACCCGCCGGACGGCCCGCACCUGCCGCGGGAACCUGGCAUACCACUCGGCUGUCUACGGCAUCGAAGACCUCAUGAUCCAGAAGAACUGCACCAGGGAAGGCCCCACCUCGCCCCCACGGCCCCAGGCGCCAGCCCCCAACCCCCAGGGCUUUGGCUCCUUGGACAUCUGUGACUACGAGAGGACUUUUGCCCACAAGCACGGCUGGCCUCCCACCUACCUGCACUGCGCCAUCUUUGGGGACCCCCACGUGCGGACCUUCAGUGAUGAAUUCCACACCUGCCACGUGGAGGGUUCCUGGCCGCUUCUGGACAACCACUAUUUGUUUGCACAAGCCACUAGUCAGCCAGUAGCCAAAGGCUCAAACGCGACAGCAAUCAGCAAGCUCACUAUCAUAUUUAAGAACAUGAAGGAGUGCAUCGACCAGACGGUAUACCAGGCGGAGAUAGAUAACUUGCCGGCAGCCUUUGUUGACGGUUCAGUGAAUGGUGGUGAGAGGCCAGGAGGGAGCAAUCUGACCAUCCAUGAACACAUCCCUGGGCGGCACGUGGAGCUCCGAGCGUCCUACAUUGGCACCACCAUAUUUGUGCGCCAGGCAGGGAAGCAGCUGUCCUUCUCCAUCCGGGCAGCCAAGGAGGUGGCCCUCUCCUUCACGGAUGAGCAGGACCUGCAGCUCUGUGUGGGAGGCUGCCCCGCCAGCCAGCGCAUCUCUCGAGGCAGGAGCGGUGGCAGCGGCGGCAACAGCACUGCAGCAAAGGCCCAUUUGCUGUGCAAGGAGCAGCUGCCAGUCGAGGACGUUUACUUCCAGGCGUGCCUCUUUGAUGUGGUGACUUCAGGUGAUGCCAACUUCUCCCUGGCUGCACAUGAUGCCUUGGAAGAUGCCAAACUGUUCCACCCAGACUCCAAGAAACUUCACAUCUUUCAAAGGAACGCUGCCUCCUCUUCCGGCAGCUCAGUCUUCCUCUUCUUCCUUCUCACCCCGUCCGCCAUUUCACUCUUUCAGCUGGACUUUUAGAACCCCCUCUUCUUUGGGAUGAGGUGUCUUGUAUGGGCCCAGGAGGCCAGCAAAUGAGAUUGGUUUCCCAGAAAGACUUUAGUCUGCAGAGCCGGGUCUUGCCCUCGACUCCUGCCUGUAGGCUUCCAGCGGCAUCUGGUGGGCCACUGUGUGGAACAGGAUGCUGGACUAGAUGGGCUUCCUUGGGCCUGAUCCAGUAGGGCUGUUCUUAUGACCCUUCUGAAACCCUGGAGGGCCACUGUCAAUCAGUGGAGAAAACCCUGUGCUAGACGAACUGAUGGCCUGACUCAUGAUAAGGCAGCUUCCUAGGUCCUGUCCUUGAGGUCUCAUGGACGCUCCUUUGCAUGCAUGGGCAUCCAGGACUAAGAGCAGUAUGAAAACGUAAGUGAUAAAUACAUACAUUGGAAAUAUAAAGGGGAGUGCAGGUUCUGCAAGGACAAGUUGCAACAACAAACAACAGACAACAACAACAACAACAACAACAACAACAGGUAAUUCUGAGCCUCCCUGAUCCAGAUGCAUACAAUUCAGAGAGGCUAUUCUCACAAUGGGGAAAAACCGGGCUGAAGAAGCCCAGCCCAGUUUCCCCCCAUCUUGAGAACCAGCAGGCUUGCGGACGAACCCAGUGAUUCUCUGGUGGCUAGCCCACCAAAGUAGCUCCCCCUUAGCCCAGGUUAGUGGAGCGAGUGCUCCACUAACCUGAGUUUUCUGAUCGUGUGCCACCAGGGCGUGGCUCCAUGCCAUGGUGGCACACGGGAGGCUGCAAGCAGAUGAUCCCCACAGAUGAUCAAACAGCAGCCCUGUACGGCCCCCAAUCCCCACAGCUCUCACCGGCUCUGUGACGAAGCCGGGAGUCAUGUGGGCAGCUGAUCCAGCCGCCCAGGGUUGCUUUUUGAUCAUCUGUGGGGAGAGCGGGCUAAGACCAUUCUCCACGCAGAACCCCUCCGGCGCUUCACACCAAUCGUGUGAAGCACCUCAGAGUCUAGUUAAAGAUGUAAUGGGAAGGUUUAGCUGGCAACCAAUCAGAUCUGGGGAAUGGACCUUGAUUCAGUGGCAUCUGGACAUCAGUGCUUUGAGCUUUAUUAAGGAGAGGAUGAGUUGAUCGAGGUCCUGAGUGAUUUGUGCCGAACAGUCCCAAACAACCUUGGAAAUCUCGACAGUACAUUGAAUGCUGUAUGUCAUUCCAGCUCAGCAGCUCUGUGUUUUGCCCACCACAAAUUGUGGUUUCCUUAAUUCCUUCUGAAAACUGGGAAUUCAAAGCUAUCUACAGAAAUAACACACAAAGAUGGAAUUGCCACUUUCAUUAAGUUUUGUUUUUCAAAGUCAGUGCGGAAGACGUCUCUUUGCUGCGAGCCGCUGCAAGGGUCCAUUCAAGAACGAAAUGAGAAAGACCCAAACAAGCCCGACUCAGACACAAUUGCUUCAAAUGGCUGAAGUGAAAACUGAAUAAGAACCAACAAAUCCUGCCGUUUCCCAUAUUUUGCUUUUCUGCGGAAGACCAAUUUGAUGUGGCCAUUUUGGUCCUUUCCUGAAAGUUCAACAUGUGGAACCCACUGAGUGAAGCUGAAGCAGCCGUUAAUCUGAAAGUGCUUUGUAACUGGAUGGCUCCCUUAAGGCUGGAGAGAGAAAAUACUUUUUCAGAGAGCAGACAGUGGCUGAAGAGAAGCUGCCCUUUCUCAUGGUGCUCACAGCUGUUUCUUUUGCCCCACUGUUGGCUCUGAUCAAAUAGGGUCCCCCCCCAGGUGUUUGAUAUAACAAAGAACUGCCAAGCCUGUUUAACAGGUGCAAAUCCGAGAGGAGUGUAACCCGCCCCCCCAUGCAUAGCCACCCCCCUGUCAAACUAUACCUUCAGUUCUCAGGAAAAAGAAACCCAAGCCUACCUCCAGUCUAAGGAAGACCAUUUUAGGAUUUCUCUGGAGAAAGAGGCGCAGGGGCACAAUCCCAUGGGAAGUCCUCUUACACAAAUUGUGCUGAACUGAAUGGGGCUUGCACAGAAGACCUUUCUGCUGGGUUGUGCCCAGAAUCUCUUACUCCAGCACAAAGCUACUGAUGGUUCCUCCACGACCGGUGAUUUGUAGGUAACCUGUGAUGACCAAAGGAUUUCACUGCUGGGCUGGGAAAUAGCAAAGGAGAGUAAACACAGAGUGAGAUAUUUAAUAUAUUAAAGUUGCACCUUGAAGAGAC